AUGCAAAACGAUUGGAUUUAUUCUAAUUCCCCAAAAACUGGAACUAAUGAAGGAACUUACCUUGUUAAACACAAAAAUUUUAAGAUAUCAUGGAAUGAUCAUGGCAUUGGAUUAUAUUUACGUGUUGAUGAUAAUACUGAAAUUAAAGGUAGUUCAGGAAGAGUUACAAAUGGAGAUGUUUCAAUUUCAGUUUCUUACAAGUUGUUUCCAGAUGUUAACUACAUCAACAUCAUUCACACAGUUACAAACAACGGAGAUAGAAAUCAUGAAAUAGACUUUCGAUGCUUUUCAGACAUUGAUAUUCCAGGAAGUGAUGGAUCACGUGGUGAUCAAUGUCCAGAACGAAACAUUGAAGGAAAUCGAGGUGUUGAAUUUAUCAACAAAGAUAGAACAGUUCGAUUUCUUCUUCGAGAUUUCCCUUUUGUUACAAAUGUUGAUACUUAUUCAUAUUCUAGAUGUCCUGGAGUUGGACCUUGGAGUAAUUGUACAGAGUACAAAUAUAUUGAAUCUGGUGCUUAUAUUUACUUUUCAUGGCAAAAUCAACAAAUUAAACCUCAUGAAUCUAAGAAAUAUUCAUAUUCCAUUGGAAUGGGUGAAUAUUAUGCAAAGAUAGAACCAAAACAAACAGAAACCAUUGAUGAUAAUGAAAACAUUACUCAAUUUCUUUAUUGUUAUCACAUCUUUUUAAAUUGUAUUGUUUUUAUUGUAGUUUUAAAGUAA